AUGCGCACCUUUAUGCUGAUCGGCACCCUUUAUUGGUCUGCAGUCUGUGCAAAACCAGCUCCGCUCGUUUCAGAUCUGCACCGGCGACAAAGCAACAAUGUAGCCUCCUUGGAUUAUUUGAAUCUCUUUAGUGGCUUCCUCUACACGGUGAAUAUCAGCAUUGGUACACCUCCACAGCAACUGAUGGCGGCUCUUGACACUGGCAGCCCUUAUCUUAUCUUGAGCAAUCCAGGAUCAGAAUUCUGUCAGCAAGUGGGUCAGCCAUGCUCAACAUUUGGAUCUUAUGAUCCUUCGCUCUCAAGCAGUGCCAUCUGGAUCUCUGAUGAUAUGGACGUCAUAUAUGAGCUAUCAAAGGACUCGGGAUCUUGGCUCAACGACUCCCUGACGAUUGGAGACCUCACGAUUGCGAGCUUCCCCGUGGGGACUGCUAAUGGCAGCUCGACCGCUGAUCCACAAAAUUGGUUCGGUCUCAAUGGCCCAGGAUCCGAGGGUCCGGCGUCUCAAGCUUCUUCUCUGCAAAUCAUGGCCCAGGCAGGAGUUCUCGAGUCUGCGUCGGUGGGGAUAUUCUCUGGUCCACUUAGUGAUUCUGUUGGGCAGGUAGUGUUCGGUGGCCUUGAUACAUCAAAGUGGCAAGGAGAUGUUCAGGUGCUGCCCAUUGUGAAGAACGAUGGAGGUCAAAUCCUUGUCAGCUUGACUUCUAUCGCGGUAGCAGACAGUAAUGUCGCAUCACCAGGACUCCCAGUUGAUGUCAUGAUUGAUACAGGCAAUUUUGAUAUCAAGCUUCCACAAGACAUCGUGGAUGGCGUUUGGGCUCAAGUCGAUGGCCUCCAAACCUUUAACGUCACAGUCGGAGACACCACCUUGCCGUAUGGAGUCUGCGAUUGCAACCUGGCACAGAGUUCUAAGACCUUCAUCUUCGGCUUCGACGGAAUAAGUAUCGAGGUUCCGAUAUCUGACAUGGUUGUCUUACCAUCUGCACUUCUUCUUCAGAACCUCGGAGUCUCCGACUUCCCUGAAGACACCUGCGUUUUCAUGAUCAACGGAUGGGGACCAACUCCUCCGGUUUAUCACUCAUAUAUAUUAGGAGAUGCUUUCUUGAGAAGUGCAUACUUCAUCCUUGACUGGGACAGUAACGAAGUCGGGCUUGGUCAGGCGAACAAUGCAGACAGUUCGCCAAACAUCAUACCUAUUGCCGCGGGCACAUCGGGUCUAAGGGAUGCCAUUUCAGGAACGUCGAAGGCAAUGACUCAACCAUCGGCCCAACCGUCGGCAUCGAGUUCGGACCCUUCGCCAGCUGCAUCUGUUUCAACUGCUCCAAGCACAGAGCCAACCUCUAACUCUGCGUCCUUGAUCUUAGUGAGCAAUGCGUAUUUUGUCAGCGCCAUCCUUAUGGGUAUUCUGGACUUCUUUAUGUAG